AUGGGUGAAGAAAGCUUGAGGAGCAGAAAAGGAGAGGAUAAGGGAAAAGAGGAUAUACAAUCAAUUUGGAGCCAUGAACCCCCAACCACGAAGCUACAAAAGCAGAUGGGCCUCCUCAGUGGCAUCUGUAUGAUCGUUGGUACAAUUAUUGGCUCGGGUAUCUUUGUUUCUCCAAAAUCAGUACUUGCCAAUGUUGGAGCUGUGGGUCCUUGUUUAACCAUCUGGGCAGCCUGUGGAAUUCUUGCAACACUAGGUGCACUUUGUUUUGCUGAGCUUGGCACAAUGAUCACAAAAUCCGGGGGAGAAUAUCCUUACCUCAUGGAGGCAUUUGGCCCAGUUCCAGCAUUUUUGUUUUCUUGGACGAGCUUACUUGUCACAAAACCCAGUUCCUUUGCCAUCAUUUGUCUCAGCUUUGCAGAAUAUGCAUCAGCUCCUUUUUAUCCAGGUUGUGAUCCACCCCAAGUUGUCAUCAAGUGUCUUGCAGCAGCUGCCAUCGUGGUAAUCACAAUAGUGAAUUCACUGAGUGUCAAGCUGGGAAGCUACCUCCAGAACUUUCUCACAGCUGCCAAAAUGAUCAUUGUCACAAUCAUUAUUGCAAGUGGAAUUGUUCUCCUUGCACAAGGGAAGACUGGAAACUUUACAGAUGCUUUCAAGGACAGUAAAGUUUCUGUGAGCUCGAUCAGUCUGGCGUUCUAUAAUGGCCUCUGGGCAUACGAUGGAUGGAACCAGCUCAACUACAUCACAGAAGAACUUAAAAAUCCUUACAGAAAUCUUCCGCUCUCUAUAAUUAUUGGAAUCCCCUUGGUUACAGUUUGUUAUGUGCUGAUAAACAUUUCAUAUUUCACCGUCAUGACUUCAACAGAACUCCUGCAGUCCCAGGCAGCUGCUGUGACAUUUGGAGACAGAGUCCUUUACCCAGCCUCUUGGAUAGUUCCUCUCUUCGUGGCCUUCUCUACAAUUGGAUCUGCUAAUGGGACCUGUUUCACUGCAGGCAGACUUGUUUAUGUUGCAGGUCGUGAGGGGCACAUGCUAAAGGUGCUGUCUUACAUCAGUGUGAAGCAUUUAACACCAGCACCUGCGAUCAUCUUCUACGGAGCCAUUGCCAUUAUUUACAUCAUCCCUGGUGACAUUAACACACUCAUCAAUUAUUUCAGUUUUGCAGUGUGGAUAUUUUAUGGUUUAACUAUCCUUGGGCUCAUUGUUAUGAGAUUUACAAGAACAGAACUCAUGAGACCAAUAAAGGUCCCCAUCGUGAUUCCAGUGGCAGUGAUGUUAGUCUCUGUCCUGCUGGUGCUGGCACCCAUCGUCAGCGCACCUGAACUGGCCUAUUUGUACUGCCUCCUAUUUAUACUCAGUGGACUUGUAGUUUAUCUACCGUUUGUUCACUUCAAAUUCAACUGGCCCCAAAAAAUAUCAAAGCCCAUCACUAUGCAUCUUCAGAUGCUUUUGGAAGUUGUUCCAGCAGAGGAAGCUACUGAAUAA